UGUUUCGAUAAACGUUUAUUUCUGGGACAUGAAUGUGAAAAGGUGUGCUCCGCUCCAACUCACCACUAACAAAAGAUUUCGUCACGUUAACCUGCUGAUGCUUGAAACGCCCAACCGUAAUGUGCGCCACUUUGCAUGGAUUAAAAAUCUUUCCCGGCUUGUUUCAAACCAGCUCAGUGCACAUAAGAGUAAAACUUAUAUUUGUGACAGAUGCCUUCACUACUUUUAUGCAGAAGAAAAGUUAUUGAAACAUACGAAGGACUGCAUGAAGAUGAACGAUUGCGCAAUCAUUCUACCAUCGAGUGAGGAUAAAAUAAUAAAGUUUGAUAAUUUUUGUCACCGAGAACGUCAUCCAUUCAUCGUGUACGCCGAUUUCCAAUGCAUGCUUAAGAAGAUUAACAGUAACAUCAAUCAAGGACACUGCAAUGCAUACCAGCAGCACGAAGCAUACAGUGUGGGAUAUUAUUUUCACUGUUCGUACAACGCAUCGGUGUGUGAGUAUCGCGCGUAUCGGGUCCUGACUGUGCUGAAUGGUUCGUGAAUGAACUUGAGAACCUUGUAAGAAAAAUUGCACCAUUAUUUAAUACGAUUGUGCCCAUGACAAAUUUGACGGGUGAUGAAAGAGAAAAUUAUAUGAAUGCAACGCAUUGUUAUAUUUGCGAAACACCGUUCGACAUUGACGAAACAAAAGUUCGAGAUCAUUGCCAUUUCACUGGUCGUUACCGAGGACAUGCUCAUCAGGGAUGUAAUUUAAAUU